UCACUACAAAACGAAAGCUCCGAUAAAUUAAUUUUGAUAACUCGACUAAGUAAAAUAAAUUAAGGCCUUAAUUUCGUCUGUAUUAGUCUAUGUUAGAUUAAAAAUAGUAUUAGUGCAUAAACUUUAAUUAAGUUUUAAAUACAAACGGUUCUAAUAUAAUUCUAUAAUCCUAAAGAGACGCUUUGGAGAGUGUCAAAAGAGAGAAAGAUCAAAAAGAGCCGCUGAAAGCAACAAAUAUAAUAUACAAAAGUUUAAACAAGCCUAAAGCAGAUCUACCCGUUCGUAAGCAUCAAUAAAAACACUUGUAAUUGCAGCACAGUCUAAUCAUUAGAUAAACGCAUAUAUCAGUUGAGAUUACAAUGAUACCGUUAACGCACAAGGAUCGUAGCAAUUUUAGCUAUCGGAUUAAGGAGAAGUUAAACAGUUGGAAGCGUCUUAUAUUUUCGGAUCGCAAUUCGAGAAAUCUUUUUCUAUUUCUGUUACUUAAUUUAAGUUUUGCGUUCGUGGAACUAUUUUAUGGCAUAUGGACGAAUAGUUUAGGACUUAUAUCGGACUCAUUCCAUAUGUUUUUUGACUGUACCGGUCUAUUGGCUGGAUUAGCUGCUUCAGUGAUUACUAAGUGGAAAGCAAAUGAUAAGUUCUCUUAUGGUUAUGUGCGCGCUGAAGUUUUAGCAGGCUUUGUUAACAGUCUAUUUUUACUGUUCAUCGCUUUCUUCAUUUUAUCUGAGGGUGUUGAACGGUUGAUUGAACCCCCAGAGGUAAAACACGAACGACUGUUUGUAGUAUCAGUGCUAGGACUGCUAGUGAAUCUCGUUGGUAUAUAUGCGUUUCAACACGGUCAUGGUCAUUCCCAUGGAGGGGGCGGUGGACAUGGUCACUCUCAUGGCGGUGGUGGUCAUGGGCAUUCUCAUGUUAUAAACAAUCAUAUUGAUUUAAAUAAUCACAAUCAACAGACGAUCACUAUGGAUGUCGGGCAUGGUCAUAGUCAUGACGGAGGACACGGACAUUCGCACGCUAUCACCGAUGAUAUCUCUGGGAGCAAUUCACAAAUUAUGCGUGGUGUUUUUCUGCAUAUUUUAGCUGAUACCCUGGGCUCUGUGGGUGUUAUCGUUUCUGCGGUGCUAAUGCAAAUGUUUGGUUGGAUGAUUGCUGACCCCAUAUGCUCUAUAUUCAUAGCAUUACUUAUCGCUAUGAGUGUGUUGGGCCUUAUAAAAGAAUCCAUACUAAUUUUAAUGCAACGACAACCAUCCGCUCUGGAUCGUGCGCUGCCGCAGUGCUAUCAAAAGGUAACUGGGUUGGCAGGAGUUUACGCUGUGCAAGAUCCUCACUUCUGGACAUUAUGUUCAGACGUGUAUGUGGGUGCAAUUAAAUUAGAGGUUUCCAAAAACGUAGAUCCCAAAUAUGUAGUGACGCACGCGCGCAUGAUAUUUGAGUCCAUUGGUGUUAAACAGAUAUAUAUACAGUUAGAUUACGUAUGAUAAUGACCGUCUAAAAAGGAAUGCAUCUAACUAAUAUACGUUUUUAUAUCCUGAAUCAAUUAAAUUGGGAUUAAGCAUAUGAGAACGAAACUUGUUUAUAUUUCAAUACUUAAAGUAAGCUCUAUGAAUUCUCUCAACUAAAUUUUUAGUUCUACUAUUAAUUUAUUAAGUGUGGGAUAUUUAUAGAUUAUGUAGAUAAAUUUACUAAAGAGAUUUAUCUUUAAAAUCAUGUUUUCUACUAAUUUAUUUCAUAAUAUGGCUUUGUAACAGCAUUGUUAUGUGUAGUAAUACAUAUUUAUUUUAUUAACAUUUUGUGAAUGUACGAAAUAACGAAAUUGAGUAAUUACGAAAAUCUUGAAUAAUCCUUUAUUAAGGAUAUAAUAUAAAGAAUUAUUUUAGUGCAAUCAUUCCAUUACAAGAAUUAAUCGAAAACCGAUCAAUAUUUUAACUACGAGUGAUCAAAUCAUUGAAUAACGUUUAAACACAGGAGUUAUUAAGCCGCGUAUUUGUAAAAAUACAUGUAGAUAACUGUCUUAAAUAAUAACAAAAUCAUCAUUUAAGUUUGAUGAAGCUUAGCAAAUAGAUAAUUACAAGUGUGUAUAUUAAAUGAUAUAAUGUACGUAUUAUAAAUACAUAUGUAUGUAUAUGCAAGAUGAAAAUAAAA